AUGAGAUGGGGCUUGCUACCACCCUCCACCAAGGUCAUCCCCAAGGGCCAAGACAUGAUCCGCACCAUCAAUGCGCGGGCAGACACUAUUCUUUCCGGUCGGGGUCUGUGGAAUUCACCGUUCACCAAAGGCAAGAGAUGUGUCGUGUGGACACAAGGAUUCUAUGAGUGGCUGGCCACUCCUCAAGCUAGAUUACCUCACCUCAUUGGGAUGCCCAACCAUGGCCUUGGCAGGACGGCGGUUGAUGGUAAGGAGAGGGAAAUGAUGCCCCUGGCAGGACUAUGGGAAGAAUGCACUUUGGAUGACGGGACCAAAGUGAAGAGCUUCGCCAUAUGCACCACGGAGAUCAACAAGCAGCUUGAAUGGCUUGUGAGUAUUGAAUGGCAGACGUACGGUCAGCAGGCCAGAGCGUCCUUGUAUCACUGAUCCGCUCGCGUGCCGUCUACAGCAUACACGCAUGCCAGUCAUCCUCCCAGACCUGAGGGCCAUGCAAGUUUGGCUCGGAACAGUCGAAGCGCCUCUUUCUCAUGUGGCAGCUCUGAUGCGGCCUUACUCAGGAGACCUCGAGUGUUACAGAGUCCCUCAAGAGGUUGGAAAGACGGGAACCGAUGAUGCAAAAUUUCUUCUACCCAUCGAGCAGCGCAAAGAUGGGAUCGCGCGAGCCUUCGGCCGCUUGAAGAAGAGGGACGCAGAGGAAGAGGGGGGCGCUUCGGAGCAGCAGUACAGGGCACAAUUGAAAAAGGUCAAGAAGGAAGAGGACAGGGAGAUCAAGACUGACGCCGAGAAAUCUGGACCUUCAGCGCCGAGACAAGAAGACGCAAUCAAGCGCGAGGAGCGCUCAGGUGGAACACUCGCCAUGAAAGAGGAGGAAAGGGAUUCGAUUCUUCGAGCGACUGAGCAGGUCGAAAGGGAUGCACAAGAUACCGAAAUAACUCGGCAGGAGGAGCAUAAGGUUGAUGCUGGACAUAUCAAGCGCGAUCCUUCGGAGCCAGCUCAGGAUCAAAUCGAAGCUGAUAGAAAGUUUGCUGAAGAGCUGCAGAGGUCAGAGGAACCUUCAACCGCGAACGAUGAUGCCAAGUCUAAGCCAGCGCACAUGGUUGAUCAACAUCGAGGCUUGUCCGACUCUGAGCCUUCGGCCGGGACGCCCGCACGCAGCUCGAGGUUCUCACCUGAGCCUUGGAACCCACCCUCUCCUACCUUUGGGUCAUUCGACACAAGAGCUAGUGGGAAUGGCAAGGCAAGUCAAGCUUCGCCCACUGGCCCCACCAGGCUGGAAGAUAUGCUCUCUGCUCAGAGAUCUGCCGCCCACUCUCGACCCGGUGUUACCAUCUCGCCCAAGUCGAACGGAGCUUCGCGAGUCAGUCCGUUUAAGGGGCAGGCAGGAUCGCCAAAGAGCAAAGCUAAAGAUGGAGCGGCCAAGGGCGCACCAGAUAUUCGGAGUUUCUUCAAGCAGUAA